UCUACACUUGUUUUGUAUGCUUCAUAUCAAUAAGACAAAUGGGUUUUUGGGUUUUGCAUUAGAUUUGCCAAGAAUAUAUAAUAUAGUAUAUUCAGCUUUUUUAUAAGAGCAAAAAAAGAAAAACUUGCCCAUUUCUUAAUUUUCUUUGCCACACUAUGCAUGAAUUGAUGUGGCGGGCAGAUUCAACUUUGAAGCCAUUCAAGUUCAUGGAAACAAGAGUUUCAAAGCAUAAACGUUCUGUUAGUGAUCCAGUUGAAAGAAAAGUGGAGAAACACCAAGCAAGUAAAUUUUAUUUAGCUUCUCAUAAUAUAAAAUUGAACAAAAUGGAACAACUGAAGGACUGUGUUGAAGACAACAACAGGCAACCUCCCAGCACAGAGGUUGAAGAUUCUUUAAAGGAAGAGAUUGUGGCGCUUCAGGACCAAUUGCAGGACCAGUUUGUGACACGCAAUGCAUUGGAGAAGGCAAUGAGAAGUUACUCUUACACCCCUUUUUCCUAUGCAGCUAUGAAUAAUAAGUCAGUCCCAAAGGAAACUAAAGAACUGAUUAAGGAAGUUGCAGUGUUAGAACUAGAGGUUGUAUACAUGGAACGGUAUCUUCUCUCUUUGUACAGAAAUACAUUUGAUCAACAAAUGUCAUCUUACUCAUCCAUUGAUGAAAGAUGCAAAAUGAAUUCUAUCAUGCAUAAAGGGGUGUUUCCAGAAGUUCCAAGAGAAGAUAUUAUCACAAGUAUACACAGUUCAGUUAAUCAGUCAAGUAUUUUUUCUUGCAAUCGAAGUUCAAGUGCAAAUCAAAAUAAGGAAUGCAAUGGAAGUUCAGAAACAGAAAAGUUGUUUGAUUCUAGUAUUCAUCAAUGUCACUUUUCAAGAUCUCAGCGUUCCUUUGGAAUUUCUUCUCCGGCCAUGAAAUCUAUCACUAGAGCUGUAGACGCGUACCAUUCCCUCCCAUUGUCAAUGCUAGAGAAAGCUCAGAAUAAUUAUUCAAGUGCAACUAGUCUGGCCGAACAUCUUGGGACUGGUUUUAAUGAUUAUCUACUAGAAACACCAAACUCGCUUUCAGAAGAGAUGAUCAGGUGCAUCUCAGCCAUAUAUUGUGAACUAGCAGAUCCACCUAUGACAGAUCACGAUUAUCCUUCCUCUCCCGGUGCUUCAUUCUCUCCAUCAACAAAUGAGUUGCCAACACAAGGCCAGGGAGAGACAUGGAGCCCCCCAUCAAAGAACUUUUCAUCCUUCAAUUCAUCUCUUGACAACCCGUUCCAUAUUGGAGAUUCUAAGGAGUUCAAUGGACCAUACUCCAUAAUGGCAAAGGUCCAAUGGAUCCAUAGAGAUAGUCAAAAGCUAAAAGCUAUGCAGCAUAAGCUACAGCAUUUUAGGUCACUUGUCUCCCAAUUGGAAGCAGUUAAUCCUAGAAAUUUGAAAUACGAGGAGAAGCUAGCUUUUUGGAUUAAUGUGCAUAAUGCACUAAUUAUGCAUGCAUUUUUGGUUUAUGGGAUUCCAAAAAGUAAUACAAAAAGAAUGUCUUUAGUACUCAAGGCUGCAUACAAUGUGGGGGGUCAUACUAUUAAUGUAGACAUGAUACAGAGUUCUAUUCUGGGUUGUCAAUUGCUCCGUCCAGGACAAUGGCUACGACAAUUAUUUUUCUCAAAGACAAAAUUCAAGGUUGGAGAUCCUAGGAAAGCUUAUUCUAUUGAUCUCCCUGAACCUCGCUUACAUUUUGCACUAUGUGCGGGAAGCAGUUCUGAUCCUGCGGUUCGAAUGUAUACUGCCAAGAGAGUGUUCGAAGAUUUGGAAGCUGCAAAAGAAGAGUACAUUCAAUCAAACAUAAUUAUACAUAAAGAAAAGAAAAUCCUUCUUCCAAAGAUUGUGGAAUGCUAUGCCAAGGAACUAGAUCUUUGUCCUGCUGGUUUAUUAGAUAUGAUAGAACAUUUACUGCCUAAUUCUUUGAGAAAGAGCAUUCAGCAAUAUCAACACAGAAAAUCUGGCAAGCAUAUUGAGUGGAUUCCACACAACGUUGUGUUCCGAUAUCUGCUCUCAAAAGAAUUAUCCUAAUGAUCAAAAUGCUACUUAGCAGUCUGGUUCUUCGAUAUAUUUCUCAGUUCUGCUAGCAAGAACAUGUGGAAUGAUAUGUGGAUCAUACUUUAUAUGGUCAACUUUUAUGCUAAUGAUCAUGUGGAAUAUUAAAGUCAGCUUCUUAUAUGUUUGGUGAUCAAGUAGGCUGAAGAUCAUUAAGCUCUGAUAAGAUCAAAGAUUUCUGAAACAAUUGGCUUUCAAGGGAAACGAGAAAAACAGUAGCAGAAGUCAAGUAAGUAGCAGAAGUCAAUUAAGUGUUGGUAUAUUGAGCUCUUAAAGGACUUGAGCUUGUCUGAU